GGGAGGCUGAGGCAGAGCACGAGCAUCUCUCGCACAGGCUGUCAGAGCUCAGGAGCAGAGAGAGCGAGAGGAAGAGAAGCAGCAUCAUUAGGUCACCCAUCUCUAUAAACCCUUACUAGCAGGAAGUUGUACGGUACAGUGCUUCAGGAGGUCGAUCUCCAUAAACACCUGAGCAACUCUUCGUCAGUCUCCACCAAGGUUUAACCUUCAUCAGCCGCAGCUAUGAACUUCCUGCGCCGUCGCCUUUCUGACAGCAGCUUCAUUGCCAACCUGCCCAAUGGCUACAUGACCGAUCUGCAAAGACCUGAUCCUCCUCCUCCUCCUCCACCCAGCGCCUCCUCUCAGCAGGCCUCGUCCUCUUCUCCUGGUCCUGCUACUGCCACCGCUCCUCCUCCUGCUGCUCCGUCUGUCUCUCCAGCCCCUGAGCGCCGGGCCCAGGCUGCUCCCUCCGGCUCGGGCUUCUUCAGCUCCAUCACCAAUGUGGUGAAGCAGACGGCAGCCUCAGCGGGACUGGUUGAGCAAAGCGCCGCUCAGUCUUCCAAGAAGUUCAAGGUGCUCCUGGUGAUUGAUGAGCCACAGAACGAAUGGGCAAAACUGUUCCGUGGGAAAAAGGUCCAAGGAGAAUAUGAUAUCCGAGUGGAACAGGCUGAAUUCUCCGAGAUCAACCUUGUCGCACAUGCGAAUGGAACAUGCAGCGUGGACAUGCAGGUUAUUAGGAACGGGACUAAAGUUGUUCGAUCCUUCAAGCCCGACUUUGUACUGGUCCGACAGCAUGCUUUCAGCAUGGCCCAGAAUGAGGACUUUCGUAAUCUGAUCAUCGGCCUGCAAUACGCUGGGAUUCCCAGUGUGAAUUCACUCGAGUCUAUUUACAACCUCUGUGACAAGCCAUGGGCGUUUGCUCAACUGAUAAGCACCUAUAAAAAGCUGGGACCUGAAAAAUUUCCUCUUAUUGAGCAAACUUUCUACCCAAACUACAAAGACAUGAUCUCCAUGCCCACAUUCCCAGUGGUGGUGAAGAUUGGACAUGCCCACUCUGGCAUGGGAAAGGUUAAAGUUGACAAUCACAGCGAUUUCCAAGACAUUGCCAGUGUGGUGGCCAUCACUCAGACCUACACGACUACAGAACCUUUCAUUGAUGCCAAGUAUGACAUCAGAGUCCAGAAGAUAGGGACUGACUACAAAGCUUAUAUGAGAACAUCCAUCUCUGGCAACUGGAAAUCAAACACUGGCUCUGCUAUGCUGGAACAAGUAGCCAUGACAGACAAGUAUAAGAUGUGGGUUGACAUUUGUUCAGAAAUUUUUGGAGGGCUGGAGGUCUGUGCUGUAAAAGCCAUUCACGGAAAGGAUGGAAAAGACUACAUUACUGAGGUGGUGGGCUCAUCGAUGCCACUCAUUGGAGACCACCAAGCAGAAGACAGGCAGAUGAUAGCCGAUGUUGUCCUGGCCAAGAUGAACCAAUCAGCAACUCGGGCAACUAUUCGAACUCAACAGCGGCCUCCAACUGCUGUCCAACAACCACAGAGCUCUGCCGUAAAGGAAGGUCCGGCUGACCACAGCAAGCCUCUGUCCCAGCGUGUUCCUCCUCAAGGAGCCCCAGCGAAACCCAAAGAGUCCCAACCCAAGACUCAAGAGCCUCCGACCGCAUCAGCGUCUAGUGCUCCAGCCCCAGAUCCUGUCACAAAAGCAACUCCUUCCCCUACUCCUCCACCCACAACCCAGCAGCCCAAAGCCCACCCUCAAGCUUCACCCACUCCAGCACCUGGAAAACCAACAGAUUUACCCCCAAAGCCCCAGGUUCCAAAACCACUUCCUCCAAAGCCUGUGCCUCCAGUGCGCAGAAACUCCAAGCCUCAGCUUCAGCCCAAGCCCCAGACCCCACCUUUAGCAAAGGCCCAGGCUAAAGUCCUGCCUGAACCAGCACAGCAGGGUCAAAUCCAGACCGAUUCAGCUCCACCACAUGUUCAAGCCUCACCCAAAGUACCUACUAAAAACCAGUCUCCCACUAAACCACAGGUCCAAACUAAACCUGUGCCUAAAGAGCAAGCCCCGGUCGAGGCUCCAGUUCAGAAUGUGGCCCCUUCUGAAUCAACACCUCCGGCCACUGCACCUUCUGCUGUAGAGGAACAGCCUGCACCACAACAGAAGUCAUCGCAUCCUUUCUUAAAUAAAUCCCAGUCCCUGACCAAUGCCUUCAAUGCCUUUGGUGAUACCUUCCGUUCCAGCAAUGAGGACGAAGCCAAGGCCGAGACCAUUCGAAACCUGCGGAAGUCUUUUGCCAGCUUGUUCUCUGACUAGUGAGAAGUUUAUGGUUGCGAAUGUGUUGGCUGUGGACUUGAUUGACAAGAAGUGUGUCCUGGUCUGAGGUUAAGUCUGUGUAGCUGUAAUACAUUGUACCCUCCUCCCAACUCUGCUGUAAAUGUUCGAAUGUCAAUAAGCAAGUGGAGUGUGAUGUACAGUGAUUGUUCUGGCAAGGUUUUCUGUGAGAUUUGCACUGGACUGAAACGUUUGCCAUGUGUAUAAGGAGGAGGCCGGCAAUGUUCCCAUGCAUGGUUUCGAGUAAAACAGAUGUCUAAGGCAAUCAAGAGAGAAGAGCCUGAUGUGUGCUGAUGUCGUCUGUUAUAAUACCCCUUGAUGUUGUAGCCUUAUUGUAGAAGUGUAUUUCAGUUGCCCAAAGAUAAAAUAUCUGUGAGUAGUUUCUCUUGUCUCUUCCAUGCAGUGUGUAUAUCUAGUUGAUCUGUUGUAAUAUGAAAUAGUUCAACAAUACCUCGACGGGACCUUUAUACAAGCACUUUCCGAUCCAAGUUUCCUACAGUAUGCAGUGCUUGGACGGGUCUGAUUUUAAUGCAGUAGUGACGUUACAGUGGAAUGCCUGAUGUUUUUGGUGUGGCUUGGGUUCCUCAUGUAUCAACAUGUUAAAUUAAUCAUGAGUGCCAUGUAGUAUCCUUACAUAUCGUAUUGUACUGUAUGUUCAGCAUCUCAGGAGGUUAAUUUAUUUCUGGUGUCAUAUAUUGUUCAUGUUGUGUUUUCUUUGGUCUGAGUGUUACUGCUUUGCAUGACUCUGUGACAGUUGUUUUUCUGUACAGGUGUCAAUAAAUAUGUGGCACUUCAUUCCACUAAUUCAGUGUU